AAUUCAAGGAACUAGAUCACUUGAAUACCUUCGCUACGCCCAUGUAUGCUUUGUUCACAAGGCUUUUAAUAAAACAGCCAUAAUAUACUCGACCGUACUUAGUUCGUACAGGAAAGCGUUACAUACAAUAAGUGGCAGCGAAAUGGACAGGUUAUUUAAAUGUAUCGACAAGAAUAAAGAGAAAUAUGUUAAGUUAUUAGCAGAGAGCGUUGCCAUUCAGAGUAUCUCAGCAGAACCAGAAAAACGUGGAGAGGUUCGACGUAUGGUGGAAUGGACGGCCCAGAGAUUAAAAGUUAUUGGUGCUAGUUAUGAAUUAAAAGAGUUAGGGGAUCAGACAUUACCAGAUGGAACUAAGCUACCUCUACCACCAGUUAUAUUUGCUCAACUUGGUAGUGAUCCUAAAAAGAAAACACUGCUGGUAUAUGGUCAUCUUGACGUCAUGCCAGCUGCGAAGGAAGAGGGAUGGGAUACCGAUCCGUUUGUUUUAACUGAAGUCAAUGAUAAAUUAUAUGGCAGAGGCUCCACUGAUGAUAAGGGCCCAGUCUUAGCUUGGAUUAACUGUAUUGAAGCUAUGCAAGAGACUGGUAUGGAUGUACCCAUUAAUAUUAAGUUUAUACUCGAAGGUAUGGAGGAAUGCGGAUCAGAAGGAUUAGAGGAACUCGUCAUGUCACAUACAAACGGAUUCUUAAAGGGAAUUGAUUAUGUCUGUAUAUCUGAUAAUUAUUGGCUAGGAAAAACAAAACCAUGUAUUACUUAUGGUCUAAGAGGUAUCUGUUAUUUCAUGUUAGAAGUGACAUGUGCUUCUAAAGAUCUACAUUCUGGUGGAUUUGGGGGAACAGUACAUGAAGCAAUGACAGAUUUAAUCAAAUUGAUGGGUUCUUUAGUUGAUGUAAACGGAAGAAUACUGGUUCCAGGUGUUUAUGAUACUGUGAAAGCACUUACUCCAGAAGAAAAGCAGUUAUACGAACCUAUUGAUUUCGACCCAAAUGAUUUUAAGAAAGAUAUCGGGGUCGAGAAAUUGAUCCAUCCUACAAAAACAGGAACUCUAAUGCAUUUGUGGAGAUAUCCAUCUCUCUCCCUUCACGGAAUUGAGGGAGCUUACCACGGCAGUGGUCUUAAAACCGUCAUACCUAAAAAAGUUACUGGUAGAUUUUCAAUCCGUUUGGUAUCAGAUCAAGAACCGACAGAAAUAGACAGGCUGGUCCGAGAACAUGUCAACAGAAUACAGACAGAUUCAGGCAGCCCUAAUCCUAUCAAAUUAACUUACAAAAGCGCUCGACCAUGGGUUAGUGAUUUCCAGAAUCCUAAUUACGUAGCUGGACGUAGAGCAAUGAGAACAGUGUUUGGUGUUGAACCAGAUCUGACCCGAGAAGGGGGCAGUAUUCCAAUAGCCUUAACGUUUCAGGAGGCUACCGGAAAGAAUGUUAUGUUACUUCCCGUUGGUGCCUGUGAUGAUGGCGCUCACUCACAGAAUGAAAAAAUUGAUAGAAUAAAUUACAUUAAUGGGAUCAAAUUGAUGGGUGCAUAUAUGAAUGAACUUUCUAAAUUAUAAUCUGUAGAUUGAAGAUCACACAUUUUAGUUGUUGCCACUUGGCUACCGAACUGUUAAAAAUCGUUGAACUAUGUAUUAGUUGGGUUUUUUUUAUUGUGCAUAUGAAUUUAUUGUACUAUUAACAUGCUUUGUAUGUAUUACUUUAUAAUAGUUUAACAAUUUAUUAAUACAAGUAUAUGUCGGCCAUAUCAAUUAAUUUACAUAAAGAGGUUUCACACAAUCAUAAACACGUGUUCAUUUUGGA